AUGUUUGCCUCCUUCAAAUCACCGAUAGAUAAUUUUGCAGGAGCCCAAAACGGCUCUCCGUCUGCUGUCUGUGGAGCACAAGUGAUCAAAGACGUAUCCCUCCAGGAGCUUGAGUGGAUCAACAAGCAGAUUGAAACGGUACAACACGAGGUGGAGCAGGAGCAAAGGCGACUGUCGCACUACCAGACUGUGCAGGUAGACAGCAGGAACACAGCACGUGACUUAUCAGUUUCCAAGUUUGAGACAGCAGGUAAAAAUAUACACAAAGAUUCUUAUGGACUGCCUCCAUGCACAGACUUAACUAAACCAUAUUCCAGAGCGAGGAAGUACGUAGUUGACAACUCAAAACCAAGGACUGAUUUAGAGUAUGACCCUCUGUCCAACUUUUCUGCAGCCCUGCAGUCUUACAGCUCAUCAAGUAAGGAGCAGAAAAUCAAAAACGGACAAGGGUUGAAAAGAGGGAGAAACGUUAAUAGUGAGCAAAAGAAACUAGUCCCACAUCAGGCCCAACUUUCCAGAUUGUCUUCUCCAGAGCUACUCGAUGACUCUAAUGAUGACUGCAACUUGAUUAUUGACAUUCCUCCGUCGCCUGACAGAAAGAGAGGUCGAUCUCAGAAACCUGCUGAUUGUGUUCCUGACACAACACAGCAUACAGUAAAGGAACUCAAAGAGAUCCAACAAGCGCCAAUUUUACUUGAUUUCCCACCAAAGCUACUUGCAAAUGCUGAGGUGUUAAAGGAAAACUUAACACUUGACAGCAGUGUUAUUUCCUCAACUGGAUGUUUGGAGGACUUCGUAGUUGAACCUGCUGGCUCAUUCUCCCCAUUCAAACAACACGUUCAGAAAAUGGAGGAGCCCACCCAGCACACGGUUCAGAAGACAUUAGACAAAACACCAGGACUGACACAGGUUAAAACUGUUAUUCACCAUGCUUCACCUGACGGCUACCUGAAGCAGGCAGAGCCAGUCUCAGGCAGCAAUCAGUGUCAGGCUCAAUACGGUUCAGAAACACCUGUCAACUUACAUUUGACAAACAAAGCUGAGUCUUCAUCUGCAUCAACUGGGCAGCGUUGGGUGAAAACGGACAGUGGAGAGGUUGUAAUCAUCGUCUCCACCUCUGACGAGGAGGAAGAGCUCAACUAUUCAGAAGCAGAGCUUUCAGACAGCGACCCAAUGGAGGAAUGCUACAGGAUCUUCAUGGAGGCAAACAAUGCAGAGAAGGGAAAUGAAGAGCAGCCUGAUGCGUCUGUUGGAGCUGCAAAUGUGGAGGAACCAGAGAUUAAUGUCAAACCUCAAGCACUGUCGGGAAAGAAGAGGACAGCUCAUGAAGCCAAACAUGCAGAGCAGCCAGUGGCUAAGAGCAGACCUCAGCCCCAGGUCCUGGUUCCACUUCGUGGGCCUGCAGCACCAGGAUUUGCCCCCCUGUCCACCAUCACUUCUAACAUCCAGCAAGUACAGCAGAGAGCCUCCAUGCUGACUGCUUCAGUACAGGGCAGUCAUGCUUUUUUCUCCUCCACCUGUCAGAGGAGACAAGAGACCCAAAUGGUGGCUGCUCCUCCUUUUCCUCCUCAGACCUCAGUAAACGCACAACCUGUUCCUAUGCAGAAUGCCUACAUUAACUACAUACCUUUGGGAACCGCAGUCAUCGAGGUGGGCAACAACUUGCACUUGAUCCUCCCGCAGGCGACCUUCCCUUUGCCUGUCUCAUCCAAUUCCAACCCAGUAACUUCAGUCCUAACCCCAAUCAGUCAAGUGCAUACAAGCCCUCUUACCAUGAAACAAACAUACCAUCAACCUGCAGUUACCCCUUUGCAAAGAUACCGCACAGCACCACCUCUGCUCAUUCCUGUGCCGGCACGUAAACCUGCGCUCAACUCUGGCUUUGCAUCAGCACAUUCAGGUCCAGCCAAUCCCACCACUCCUCAAGCUGCUAAGCCAGUGCCAACUAAGCGUAAAGUGAAGCAGGUGUAUGAUGCACCCAAAGACAAAGUGCCUCAUGACGUCCGGCAGCGUUACGUGAACAUGUUCACAGAGGAGUUCCUCAAAACAUCAGCCAAUGUUAAUGAUGCAUUUGAAAAGGCGCUCGCGGAAGAGAAGGCGGUGUAUAAUCGCAGCAUGAACAAACUCAAAUAUCUGAGUGUUGCAGUGAAUGCACUGAAGAGGCUCAAAAAUCAAAAUGCUGUUGCUGCUGAAGCUAAAAAUGAUUUCAGCAGCCAAAAAUCCAAAGGCAACAUUCCUCUCAACCUGAAGAAGCUCAAAGGAAACGAUGAUAAGUCACUGUAUGAGAGUUUGAAGGAUUAUAUUAUGACUGAGGAAAAGCUGAUUGAGAGCAACUACCCUGUCCAGCACCCGGAGAAACCUGGUUGUGCUGCUCUUUUUGCUGACAAUAAGAAAGGCAUCACAGAUCCCCUAAAGAGGAUUUGCUGUCGCUGUGGGGCCACGUAUUCUGUGAACCAAACGGGCAAACACAUCCGCAAGGAGGAGUGCAACUACCACUAUGGGAAAGGAAUUGAGAAAAGAGUGCCAGGUGGAGUGGAGACCCGUUACAGUUGCUGUGAGGCGGUCAUGGGAGCACCUGGAUGCCAACAGUUUAAGUUGCAUGUCCAUGAUUCCCUCAGCCUGGAUGGGUUUGUGGCAACCGUCCCGAGACGUCCCUCAGAUACGAGUUGCCCUGGAGUUUACGCAGUGGAUUGUGAAAUGUUUUACACCAUUCAUGGUUUGGAGCUGUCCAGAGUAACGGUCGUCAACAGUAGUCGUCAAGUCGUCUACGACACCUACGUCAGGCCUGAUAAUGAUGUCAUUGACUAUAACACCAGGUUUUCAGGCAUCAGUGAGGAAGAUGUGAAAGGGACCCACACUUCUCUCAGAGAGGUGCAGGAGACCUUGUUGAGCUUCAUCAGUGCCGACACCAUUCUGAUCGGACAUGAGUUGGAAACAGAACUCUGUGCCCUGAAGUUGUUCCAUGGGACGGUGGUAGACACAUCUGUGGUCUUUCCCCACCGUCUGGGCCCCCCUCACAAGCUGACCCUCAACAAUGUCACUGCUGAGUAUCUCAGGAGGAUCAUCCAAGAGAGUGUUUGUGGCCACGACACUGCAGAAGACGCUGCGGCAUGCAUGGAGCUCAUGUUAUGGAAGGGCAAAGAAGAUGGAAAACUGAAAAAAUCAUGAAAAUAAAGCAAAAAAACUCAUCCCCACACUGUUCACACCGCACAUAAAAACGCAUGCUGUUUGAUUUAAUUGAUUUAUGUUUAAGAGUGUUUUCCCUUUGUUAAAUUUUGAUUUGGAGCCUGUAUAAGUAUUAAUGCACUGGUAACAAAACCUGAAGAGUGUUUGUUUGUGUGU